GCGCUGAUUAGCCCGGCGCCCACGUGGCAAGGGAUAAGGUUAAUUAAUACCUUGCAAGUUGCGCGCAAAUCCUUCAGACCCCCCUGGUCUCCACAUCCCACAUCCCAUCAUCUCUACCUAAUGUAUGUACAUACCUACCUACAUAAUAUACGACUUAGAUGGUAGUUCGGCUAUAACUUGUCUUACAAGCAGAUCGGCUCCGUUCCUACGUCUAAAAAUACGGGAUGAUGAUGAUGAUGAUAUUUCCUCGCUUCGUUUCUGUGUCUGGCCUGCAGUGCGACGCUGAAAAGACUCAAAUGCACGCAGGGAGGGUUACAGCACACGAUUACAUGUAAUUACGCUGUAAGAUAGGAUGUGGUGCGAGUUGAGCACAGCAGCGGUUUCGUAUCUCGCAGCAGUAGCGACAGCAUCAAUCAAUCACUCUUACAUCAUAACCUGCAUAUGCCUACAGAGAAGUAGAAGUGUUGCAGCCGCUUUUAGAUUUCAAAAUUCGUGCUUUUCAUCUCCGGUUUUAUUUUAUUUCAUUUUUAUUUAUUUAUCAUCGACUUCGACUUCAAUGAUGAUGAGUUCGUAACUCGUCUGCUCCGUUGCGGGUACGUCCAAUACCUCGGGAAGACUGAUCCAAGUUCAGCUUCGGGUGGCCGGCAACCUAACCCCCCUCGAUCGACCCCACUAGGUUAGAUACAUCUUCAUCUCCCCUCCAGCUAUGAGGUAUGUAGAUAACCUAAGUAUGCAGAUCCGGGGGAGCCAACCUUAACCAUCGUUGCUUACAUAGAGAUGAAACUACCUAGACAUGGGAGUGGAAGCAAUAGUACGAGGGGCCUAAUAAUACUUUGACAGGUAUUAUGUAGAGGAUUCGCUUCCUCAGACGCGGUAAUAUAUAUGUUUCUCAUGCACGUUGUGAGAGAAGCGAGAUGGCAUAACGAGGUGGCGUAUCGUCGGUAGUAAUGUGUUAGGUACUUUUGACAUGUAUUUGGAAUCCGACUUCGUCUAAAGUUCCAUCUCUUAAUCGGC